UGAGAAACGACGUACUGCGCAUGCGCAUGUCAGUGCAAAAGAUACACGACAACUGCGUGAGCACCGUGCUCAAUAAUAUCGAUUCAUUCAGGUGUAAACAAUGGGGAAGGCUCUUUCCCACCUGCCGAAGCAUACCAGUCAUGAUGAGUGUAAGGACAACCUGACCUCAUCGCAUGGGUACAGCAGCAUGCAGACUGAUGACAGUAAGAACGGGGGAGACGUGUCUCAGUUCCCUUAUGUGGAGUUCACUGGCCGAGACAGCGUCACCUGCCCCACAUGCCAAGGCACUGGAAGGAUCCCUCGAGGUCAAGAAAAUCAGCUGGUGGCCCUGAUCCCAUACAGCGACCAGAGGCUGAGACCAAGGAGAACCAAGCUGUAUGUGACUGCUUCAGUCAUUGUGUGCCUGCUGCUCUCCAGCCUGGCUGUGUUCUUCCUUUUCCCACGUUCCAUUGAUGUCAACUAUGUGGGAGUGAAGUCUGUCUAUGUGUCCUACGACCAGAGCAAACGCAUUGUGUAUCUCAAUGUCACGAACUCAUUGAAUAUUACUAACAACAACUAUUAUUCGGUGGACGUGGCCAACAUCACAGCCCAGGUGCAGUUUUCCAAGACCGUGAUUGGAAAAACCCGCAUUAGCAACAUAACCACUAUUGGCCCUCUGGAUAUGAAACAGAUUGACUACAUGGUGCCCACCACUAUUGCAGAUGAAAUGAGCUAUAUGUAUGACUACUGUACCCUGCAGAGCAUCAAGGUUCACAACAUUGUGGUUAUGAUGCAGAUAACCGUCACUACCGUGUACUUUGGCCAUGCUGAGCAGGUGUCUCAGGAGAUGUACCAGUAUGUGGAUUGUGGAGGAAACACUACUGCUCUGCAUGAGUACAGUCUGAAUACCCCUGUGGGAGGCUAGAGCUGAGCCUGAUAGUGUAACACAUCAUCACCCUGUCCCUCACCGCUCCAGUCCAUGUGUCAUUGUUUUGGUGAAACCGGUUGAGGGUUUACUGCACUUCUGCCAGUUAACCACUAGAUGUCAGGCUGUGUGCAAUUCCCAAAUGAUGCACUUUAUUGUCCAUGUUCUCCAAGCAAUAUGAACAUUGCGUGGUCUCAUAGUUCUCAUUCCAGUUCACUUUGCAAAACUGAAUUUUACCCUGCACAUUUCUUUUUUUGACAACGUUCUCUUAUUUUCAAGCACUACCUAUUUAAAUCCUUUAUUUAAAGACCCUGAGGUGGCAUUACAUGAUGCUGUCUUCUGAGGGGGUGUAUAUUUGAGACUACUGAGGGAAUGUCAGUGUAUAUAGCGAACAAGUUGGUAAAAGGUAAACGCUUCAAUCUAGUUAUUUUGUUUGGACUUUAAUAGCAACGUUUCUCAUUGUUAAUCUGUCAAUCUCUCCAUGAGAAAUUGCCUCCAAAUGCAAGCUGAUAACACUAAUUACACAGAACAACAAUCACUGUCAUCUGAGAGCAUUCGGCUGCUUGAACAGUGGAGGAUAGCAGAGAUGAUCAGUCCCUAAUGUUCACUAGAUGUGAUGUUUAGAUUGAGAGAACUUUGAUAACAUUUUUUUACAUUUCUCAAAACUUUACAUUUUUAAACAUUUUAAUCAUGUUGAGAAAAAAAGCUUCACAGAUUAUUUUUGCUUAGAGAUGGUCUAUUUCCUGUAAUAGAAGUGGCUGCUAACACGACGUUGCAUUUAUGCAGUUCAUAACCGCUGGCUUGAUGUACGUGUUUAUAUGGAACGCUUGUGAUUUUUGAGAAAAGGUGUUUGGAGAGACACUGAAAUAAAAAGAUGCUGACUGUUUUCCAUUAAAUAAACUUCUUUUGAGCCA